AUCUGCCUGUUAGAAAGUAUCUCCCUGGAUCCAUCCAGUCCCCUCCACUUCCUGCCCAGGAAAUGCCCUCCAGCUUCCUGGUCUGGAGCACCUGGUCAGGAAAGCAGCAUGGGGAGGGCUUUGAAGGCUGUCUGACUGUGAGCAAAGUGAGCCCAUGUAGGUAUGGCAGAGCCCCUACUUUUUCCCUGCCUCUCUUUUUAGGAGGACACAAAUCUUGUGGAACAGAGGACUACAUUUCCCAGCCUCCCUUUGGGGCUGGGCGUGGCCAUGUGACACAGUUCUGACCAAUGGGGUGAGAGCAAUGAGUGUAGCCCCCCCUCCCUCAUCCCCUUCCUACUGACUGACCUGGGGACUCCAAAACAAAUCUUCCUAGACUGGGUCCCCAACUCCACAGAGCCACCACACCAGCCCUGGACCAUUUACACUGGGACUAUGACAAGGAAGAGAAGCUGGCGUCUAUCUUGAUCAUGCGCCCCAGGUCUCUUUGUCAACAGCCCAAUUUAUAUUCUGCCUGAUAGACCGCGUGAUCCUCUGGGUCACUUUCAGUGACCUUAUGCCACCUGCAAAUGUUUGCCCCUGAGGUCUCAGUGUUUGCUAAAGUGAGUUAAUAAAAACUGUGGUGCAAUGUGCUCUGGCACUGCUCCCCACUCCCCCUUCCUCUGCCCUCCAAGCCUCCAGGGACAGAGGGUCCAGCCAGAGGAUUCCUGGGGGCGACAUUCCAGUUGGCGACAUGCCACCUGGAGACCCACGCAAAGAACAAUGGCAAUGUGCCUGACAAUGACAAUAGCUGACACCAGACACUCGCUGCAGAUAUUGGCCCGGUGACCCUCACAGCAGACCCAGUGGUGUUUCAGAAGGAGCUGAGAGAACUCUACGUGCAGGGAGGUGGCGACUGCCCAGAGAUGAGCGUGGGGGCCAUCAAGGCCGCCGUGGAGGUCGCCAACCCCGGCUCCUUCAUCUACGUCUUCUCGGAUGCCCGCGCCAAGGACCACCACAAGAAGGAGGAGCUGCUGCAGCUCCUGCAGCUGAAGCAGUCACAGGUGGUCUUCGUGCUAACGGGGGACUGUGGUGACCGCACGCAUCCUGGCUACCUGGCCUACGAGGAGAUCGCCUCCACCAGCUCUGGGCAGGUGUUCCACCUGGACAAGCAGCAAGUGGCAGAGGUGCUGAAGUGGGUGGAGUCGGCCAUCCAGACCUCCAAGGUGCACCUGCUGUCCACAGACCACGAGGAGGAGGGCGAGCACACGUGGAGGAUCCCAUUUGACCCCAGCCUGAAGGAGGUCACCGUCUCACUGAGCGGGCCUGGGCCUGAGAUCGAAGUCCGGGACCCGCUGGGGAGGAUCCUGCAGAAGGACGAGGGCCUGCACGUCCUCCUCAGCAUUCCUGACUCGGCCAAGGUCGUGGCCUUCAAGCCUGAGCACCCUGGGCUCUGGUCCAUCAAGGUCUAUAGCAGUGGCCGCCAUUCUGUGAGAAUCACGGGCAUCAGCAACAUCAACUUCCGAGCCGGCUUCUCCACCCAGCCCUCCCUGGAUCUCAACCACACCAUCGAGUGGCCCUUGCAAGGGGUGCCCAUCUCCCUGGUGAUCAACUCUACGGGCCUGCAGCCGCCUGGCCGCCUGGACUCCGUGGAGCUCGCGCACCACUCAGGGCGGCCCCUCCUGACUCUGCCGGCGCGGCCCCUCUCCAACGGCUCCGCCCAGCAGCUGUGGGGCGGGCCGCCCUUCCACGCGCCCCAGGAGCGCUUCUAUCUCAAAGUGAAGGGCAAGGACCACGAAGGAAAUGCCCUGCUCCGAGUCUCUGGCGCUUCCUACAGUGGGGUGGCCCCAGGUGCCCCCCUGGUCAGCAUGCCACCCCGGAUCCAUGGCUACCUGCACCAGCCCCUGCUGGUCUCCUGCUCUGUGUACAGCUCCCUGCCCUUCCGGCUUCAGCUGCAGCGUGAUGGAGCCAGGCUGGGCGAGGAGAGGCACUUCCAGGAGUCGGGAAACAGCAGCUGGGAGAUCCCCCGGGCCUCCAAGGCGGAGGAAGGCAGCUACGAGUGCACAGCGGUCAGCAGGGCUGGCACCGGGCGGGCCAAGGCCCAGGUCAUUGUCACAGAUCCCCCACCGCAGCUGGUCCCUGGCCCCAACGUGACUGUGUCCCCCGGAGAGACCGCCGUCCUAUCAUGCCAAGUCCUGGACAAAGCCCCCUACAAUCUGACGUGGGUCCGGGACUGGCGGGUCCUGCCAGCCUCAAGGGACCGAGUGACCCAGCUGGCCGACCUGUCCCUGGAGGUCAGCAGCAUCAUCCCCAGUGACGCUGGACGGUACCAGUGUGUAGCCAGCAACGCCAAUGGGGUCACCAGGGCAUCCACCUGGCUCCUGGUGCGAGAGGCCCCACAGGUCAGCAUCGACACCAGGUCCCAGCACUUCUCCCAGAGCGAGGAGGUGAAGAUCAGCUGCUCGGCCUCGGGGUACCCCACACCCCACAUCUCCUGGAGCCGAGAGGGCCUUGCCCUGCAAGGGGACGGCAGAAUCCAAGUGGACACCCAGGGGACCCUGAUCAUUCGGGGGUUAGCCCCUGAGGAUGCUGGGAAUUACAGCUGCCAGGCUACCAACGAGGUUGGCAGAGACGAGGAGACGGUCACCCUCUACUACACAGAGCCACCAUCCAUCUCCGCCGUCAACGCCGUGGUGCUCGCAGCCGUGGGGGACGAAGCUGUGCUGGAGUGCAAGGCGUCUGGGGUCCCCCCACCCCGAGUCAUCUGGUAUCGAGGGGGUCUGGAGAUGAUUCUGGCCCCGGAGGCCUCCAGCUCCGGGAGGCUGCGGAUCCCCGCGGCUCGGGAGAGGGACGCUGGCGUCUACACCUGCCGGGCCGUGAACGAGCUGGGCGGCGCCUCUGCGGAGAUCCAGCUGGAGGUUGGACAUGCGCCUCGGGUGACAGAGCUACCUCAGGAAGUUACCGUGGAGCUGGGCAGGAGCGCCUUCCUGACGUGCCGGGCCACGGGCCGCCCACCCCCAACGGUCACCUGGCGUCGUGGAGAUGGCCAGCCCCUGGGGCCCAGGAGGGGCAGCAAGAAUGGCCAGUGGGAUUCAGGAGUGCUGUUCUUUGAAAGCGCGGCCCCUGAAGACCAGGCCCCAUAUGUGUGCGAAGCUUGGAAUGUCUUUGGGAAGGUCCAGGCCGAGACGCGGCUCUCCGUCACUGGGCAUGCCCCCCCACAGAUCGCCAGCAGUGCCUCCACCGUCCGGGUCCUGGAGGGGCAGCCUGUGUCCUUGCCCUGCAUCACCCUGGCCGGGAGGCCCCUCCCCGAGAGGCGCUGGCUCAAGGCGGGCCUGCCUCUCCCCCCGGGCAGCCGGCACUCUGUCCGAGCGGACGGCAGCCUCCACCUUGACCGGGCACUGAGAAAGGACGCGGGCAGGUACAGCUGUGUGCUCACCAACCUGGCCGGCUCACAGCACCGCGACGUGGAGCUGCUCGUCCAGGUGCCACCUAGGAUCCGUCCCUCUGCCACCCACCACGUCACCAACGAAGGGGUCCCGGCUUCCCUCCCCUGCCUCGCCUCUGGAGUCCCCACCCCCACCGUCUCCUGGACCAAGGAAGCCCGUGCCCUGAGCUCCGGGGGUCCCCGCUACAACGUGAGCAAGGACGGCACCCUGGUCAUCACCCAGCCGUCCCCCCAGGAUGCAGGGGCCUACGUGUGCACUGCCACCAAUGCCGUGGGCUUCUCCAGCCAGGAGAUGCGCCUCUCUGUCAACACCAAGCCCAAGAUCAAGGUGAAUGGGUCCCGUGAUGCAGAUGUGCCUCUGAGAGUCACAGCAAAGGCCGGCGAAGAGGUGACCCUGGACUGUGAGGCCCAGGGCUCCCCACCCCCACUGGUCACCUGGACAAAGGACUCCCGCCCUCUGCUGUCCGUCACCGACAGGCACAGCCUCCUCCCAUCCGGCUCCCUGCGCCUGGCCCAGGCCCAGGAGGGUGACAGUGGCCUCUACGAGUGCUCGGCCAGUAACCCCGCGGGGUCCGCCUCCCAUCGCUACGUCCUUGGGGUACAAGUCCCCCCUCAGGUGCAGCCGGGCCCUCGGGUCCUGAAGGUGCUGGCGGGAGAAGCCCUGGAUCUGAACUGCGUGGCCGAGGGCGACCCGGAGCCCCGGCUGAGCUGGUCCAAGGACGGGGUGGCCCUGCAGGGUGGGGGGCCUGCGGGCUCCGUGCACUUCUCGGCCAUUGAGCCCUCGGACGCCGGGAUGUACCACUGCGAGGCCUCCAGCAGUGCUGGGGAGGACGUCUGGGAGCUGGAGCUUAGGGUGCUGGAGCCUCCACACUGGGUUGCCGAUGAGACCAGUGGCCUGCUGGAGCGAGUGGCUGGAGAGAACGCCAGCCUGCCGUGCCCAGCCAGAGGGACGCCCCAGCCGCAGGUCACGUGGCGGAAGGGCCCAUCCGCAGAGCCCCUGCCGGGCCGGCCAGGUGUGGCAGUGCUGGAGGAAGGGUCCCUGUUCCUGUCCUCGGUCUCGCCCUCGGACAGUGGGGAGUACGAGUGCCAAGCCACAAACGAGGCGGGCUCCGCGUCCAGGAGAUCCAGGCUGGUGGUCUACGUGCCCCCCAGCAUCCGAGAGGAUGGGCACAAGGCUAACGUGUCGGGCAUGGCCGGGCAGGCUCUGACGCUGAAGUGUGACGCGAAUGGCUUUCCAGUCCCUGAGAUCACGUGGCUCAAGGAUGGGCAGCUGGUCUCUGAGACAGACAGCCACCACCUCCUGGACAGGGCCCGGUCCCUCCACUUCUCCAGGGUCCAGGAGGGUGAUUCUGGGCUCUACACCUGCAGGGCGGAGAACCAGGCGGGGACCGCCCAGAGGGACUUCCAUCUCCUUGUGCUCGUCCCUCCUUCUGUGCUGGGAGCCGGAGCUGCCCAGGAGGUGCUGGGCCUGGCCGGUGCAGACGUGGAGCUGGAGUGUCGGACCUCAGGGGUCCCCAGGCCCCAGAUGGAGUGGACCAAGGACGGGCACCCUGUCCUUCCUGGAGACCCUCACACCCAGCUCCAGGAGGACGGUCAGGUCCUCAGGAUCGCCAGCAGUCACCUGGGGGACGAGGGCCGGUACCAGUGCGUGGCCUUCAGCCCAGCAGGCCAGCAGGCCAAGGACUUCCAGCUCAGAGUCCACUCACCCCCCACCAUCUGGGGCUCUAACGAGACAGGCGAGGUGGCCGUCAUGGAGGGCCACCCAGUGCGGUUCCUGUGUGAGGCCCGAGGAGUGCCCACGCCUGAUAUCACCUGGUUCAAGGAUGGGGCCCUGCUGGCCCCCAGCACUGAGGUGGUCUACAGUAGGGGCGGCCGGCAGCUGCAGCUGGCGAGGGCCCAGGACUCGGACGCUGGCGUCUAUACCUGCAAGGCCAGGAACCCCGUGGGGGCUGCAGAGAAGGCCACCAGGCUGGAGGUCUAUGUCCCACCCUCCAUCGAGGGCGCUGGCGGAGGGCCCUAUGCGGUGCAGACCGUGGCAGGGAGGCUGGUGGCGCUGGAGUGUGUGGCCAGAGGCCGGCCACCGCCCACACUGUCCUGGUACCACGAGGGGCUGCCUGUGGUGGAGAGCAACGGGACGAGGCUGCAGGCAGGUGGCAGUGCUCUGAGGCUGGAGAGCCUGGGGGAGGCGUCCGGAGGCCUGUACAGCUGCGUGGCCAGCAGCCCGGCCGGGGAGGCGGUGCUGCAGUACGCCGUGGAGGUGCAGGUUCCCCCACAGCUCCUGGUGGCCGAAGGCCUGGGCCAGGUGACCGCCCUGGUGGGACAGCCCUUGGACCUUCUCUGCCAGGCCUCAGGCUCCCCGAUGCCUACCAUCCAGUGGCUGCAGAACGGCCGCCCAGCUGAGGAGCUGGCUGGGGUUCAGGUGGCCCUGCAGGGGUCCACACUGCAUGUCAGUCAUGUGGAGCUGGGCCACGCGGGUCUCUUCGCCUGCCAGGCCACCAACGAGGCGGGCACCGCGGGUGCGGAGGUGGAGGUGUCUGUGCAUGAACUGCCAUCGGUCAGCAUCCUGGGGGGUGAGAACGUCACGGCUCUUUUCCUGAAGCCCGUGGCCCUCCAGUGUGUAGGGGCUGGAGUGCCUCCCCCAAGCCUCCGCUGGUGGAAGGAUGGGGUGGCCCUGGCCACCUCAGGGGGGAGCCUGCAGAUCGAGAAGGUGGACCUGAGGGAUGAAGGCGUGUACAGCUGUACGGCCACCAACCUGGCUGGGGAGAGCCAGGGGGACGUGGCCCUAAAGGUUUUGGUGCCCCCCAGCAUCGAGCCAGGCCCAGUCAACAAGGCUGUGCUGGAAAAUGCCUCAGUGACCUUGGAGUGCCUGGCUUCGGGAGUGCCCCCUCCCGAUGUCUCCUGGUUCAAGGGCCGCCAGCCUCUCUCUUCUCGGACGGGGGUGACAGUGUCAGCUGAUGGGAGGGCCCUCCUCAUCGAGCGGGCUCGACUUUCUGAUGCUGGGAGCUACCGCUGUGUGGCAUCCAAUGUGGCAGGCAGCACGGAGCUACAGCUUGGCCUGCGGGUCAAUGUGCCUCCCCAAGUCACACUGCCGCCCAGUCUGCCGGGCCCAGUGCUGCUCGGUGCCCCCGUCCGCCUGACCUGUAAUGCCACUGGUGCCCCCAGCCCCACGCUGAUGUGGCUGAAGGAUGGAAACCCUGUGUCCACUGCGGGGACCCCUGGCCUCCAGGUCUUUCCCGGGGGCCGGGUCCUCACCGUGGCCAGUGCCCGGACCUCUGACUCUGGCAGCUACUCCUGUGUGGCUGUGAGCGCCGUGGGAGAAGACCGCAGGGACGUCGUCCUGCAAGUCCACAUGCCCCCGAGCAUCCUGGGGGAAGAGCUGAACGUGUCCGUUGUGGCCCACGAGUCGGUGGCCCUGGAGUGCCAGAGCCACGCCGUGCCCCCUCCUGUGCUGAGCUGGCGGAAGGACGGGAGGCCCCUGCACCUGCGGCCCGGGGUCCGCCUCUCCGCAGACAAGGCCUUGCUGCAGGUGGACAGAGCCGAGCCGUGGGACGCGGGCCACUACACCUGUGAGGCUCUGAACCGGGCCGGCCGCUCGGAGAAGCACUUCAACCUGAACGUCUGGGUGGCUCCAGAGUUCCCCUCCAGCAAGCCCCGCACCCUGACCGUCAACGAGGGCCACCCCGCCAGGCUGUCCUGCGAGUGCCAGGGCAUCCCCCACCCCAAGAUCUCCUGGAGAAAGGACGGUCGCCCCCUGCCCGGGGAGGGGCCUGGCCUGGGGCAGGCGUUGGCAGUGGGGAGGCUGCUGUACCUGGGGCCGGCCCUGCAGGCCCAGGCGGGGACCUACACCUGUGAGUGCCGCAACCCCGCGGGGAGCAGCAGCCAGGACCAGCAGCUGGAGGUGCUCGUGCCCCCGCACAUCACCGGCCCCCGGGAGCCCCACACGCUGGUCCCCGUGGUCCAAGGCGGGGAGGCCAGCCUGGAGUGCAAUGCCACGGGGAACCCCCCGCCCACGGUGACCUGGGAGAGGGACGGCCAGCCCCUGGGAGCUGAGCCUGGCCUACAGCUGCAGAACCAGGGCCACCGCCUGCACGUGGAGCGGGCCCGGGCGGCCCAGGCGGGACACUACAGCUGCGUGGCUGAGAACGUGGCGGGGAGGGCCGAGAGGAGGCUCACGCUCUCGGUGCUGGUGCCCCCAGAGCUUGUGGGAGACUCGGACCUGCUGACCAACGUCACCACUGCCUUGCAUGGCCCCUUGACGCUGCUCUGUGAAGCCACCGGGGUCCCGCCCCCAGCCGUCCGCUGGUUCCAAGAGGAGGAGCCCAUCGACCCUGGGGAGGACACCUACCUUUUGGCAGGUGGCUGGAUGCUGAAGAGGACGCAGGCACAGGAACGGGACCGAGGCCUCUACUCCUGCCUGGCGAACAAUGAGGCUGGGGAGGCGCGGAGGAACUUCAGCGUGGAGGUGCUGGUUCCUCCCAGCAUUGAGAAUGAGGACCUGGAGGAGGUGGUCAGGGUCACCGAGGGACAGACAGCCCAGCUGACGUGCAAUGCCACGGGCCACCCCCCACCCAAGGUCACGUGGUUCAAAGACGGGCGGCCGCUGGCUGGUGGAGACGAUGCAGCCCUCCUGCAGAUCCCGCAGGCCAGCUUGUCCAGUGCCGGUCACUACUCUUGCGUGGCAGCCAACAGCAUUGGGGAGAAGACCAAGCACGUCCAGCUUAGUGUCCUGGUGGCUCCCAGCAUCCUGGGAGUGACGGAGGACAGUGCAGAUGAAGAGGUGACCGUGAUUAUCAACAACCCCAUUUCCCUGAUCUGCGAGGCGCUGGCCUUCCCUUCCCCUAACAUCACCUGGAUGAAGGACGGGGUCCCUUUUGAGGCCUCCAAGAACAUCCAGCUGCUUCCAGGUACCCAAGGGCUGCAGAUCUUGGAUGCCCAGAAGGAGGACGCCGGUCAGUACACCUGUGUGGUUACCAACGAACUCGGGGAGGCCAUGAAGAACUACCACGUGGAGGUCCUCAUUCCCCCUUCCAUCUCCAAAGACGACCCCCUGGGGGCGGUCAGCGUGAAGGAGGUGAAGGCCAAGGUGAACAGCACGCUCACCCUGGAGUGCCAGUGCUGGGCCGCGCCCCCACCCUCCAUCAGCUGGUACAAGGACGGGCAGCCCGUGGCCCCCGGGCAGCGCCUCCGUGUCCUAGGGGAGGGGCGGCUGCUCCAGAUCCAGCCCACUCAGGUCUCCGACUCCGGCCGAUACCUGUGCGUGGCCACCAACGUGGCUGGGGAGGAUGACCAGGACUUCAACGUGCUCAUCCAGGUGCCCCCCAUGUUCCAGAAGGUAGGAGAGGCUGAUGCACCCUUCGAGAUCCUGUCCCGCGAGGAGGAGGCCCUGGGUGGGGUGACGGAAUACCGGGAGGUUGUGGAGAGCAACCCAGCCUACCUGUACUGCGACACCAAUGCCAUCCCGCCCCCCGAGCUCACCUGGUACAGGGAGGACCAGCCCCUCUCGGCCACGGAUGGCGUCGCUGUGCUACAAGGAGGCCGGAUCCUGCAGAUCCCCCUGGUGCGGGCUGAGGAUGCCGGGAGGUACUCGUGCAAGGCCUCCAACGAGGUGGGCGAGGACUGGCUGCACUACGAGCUGCUGGUGCUGACCCCACCUGUGAUCUUGGGUGACACGGAGGAGCUGGUGGAGGAGGUGACCGUCAACGCCAGCAGCAGCGUCAGCCUCCAGUGCCCGGCCCUGGGCAACCCCCCGCCCACCCUCUCGUGGCUCCAGAACGGGCUGCCUUUUUCCCCAAGUCCACGGCUGCAGGUCCUAGAGGAUGGACACGUGUUGCAGGUGUCUACGGCAGAGGUGGCCGACGCUGCCAGCUACAUGUGUGUGGCCCAGAACCAGGCAGGCUCUGCAGAGAAGCUCUUCACCCUCAGGGUCCAAGUCCCACCACGAAUCACAAGCCAGAACUCGGAGCAGGUCACCACCAUCCUCAACAGCAGCGUCUCUCUCCCCUGUGAAGUCCACGCACACCCGAGCCCCGAGGUCACGUGGUACAAGGACGGCCAGGCCCUCUCCCUGGGGGAGGAUGCUUUCCUCCUGCCUGGCACCCACACGCUGCGGCUGGCGCGGGUCCAGCAGUCGGACUCUGGGACGUACCUGUGUGAAGCCCUCAACGCCGCUGGUCGCGACCAGAGAGCAGUGCAGCUGAGCGUGCUGGUUCCCCCAACCUUUAGGCGGGCUCCCAACAGCCCCCAGGAGACAGUCCUGGUGCAGGUUGGGGACAAGGCUGUCCUAAGCUGUGAGACAGACUCGCUUCCAGAACCGGCUGUGACCUGGUACAAGGACCGGCAGCCCCUGGCCCUGGCACAGCGGACCCAGGUUCUGCAGAGUGGACAGAGGCUGGAGAUCCUGGCCUCGCAGGUGUCGGACAAGGGCGUGUACAGCUGCCAAGUCAGGAAUGCGGCGGGGGAGGCCACGCGCACCUUCAUCCUCACCGUCCAGGUGCCCCCAACGUUUGAGAACCCCGAGACAGAGACAGUGAGCCAGACGGCGGGGAGCCCGCUGGUCCUAGCCUGUGAUGUGUCAGGGGUCCCCGCGCCCACUGUUACGUGGCUGAAAGACAGAAUGCCCGUGGAAAGCAACAUGGAGCGCGGUGUGGUCUCUCGGGGAGGCCGCCUCCAGCUGAGCGGCCUGCAGCCGGCCCAGGCUGGCACCUACACCUGUGUGGCGGAGAACGCCCUGGCCGAGGCUCGCAAGGACUUCGUGGUGGCCGUGCUGGUGGCCCCCCGGAUAAGGAGCUCGGGCACCGCGCAGGAGCACAGCGUGUUGGAGGAGCAGGAGGUGCGGCUGGACUGCGAGGCCGAGGGGCAGCCGCCUCCCGACGUGGCCUGGCUGAAGGACGGCAGCCCGCUGGGCCAGGGCGCAGGCUCCCACCUCCGGUUCUACCUGGACGGCGGCUCCUUGGUGCUGAAGGGCCUCAGGGCCUCGGACUCGGGCGCCUACACCUGCGUGGCCCACAACCCGGCUGGGGAGGACGCCAGGCUGCACACCGUGAACGUGCUGGUUCCUCCCACCAUUGAUCAGGGAGCAGGCAGCGCAGGGACCCUGGUGAGCAGGCCGGGGGAGACAGUGACCAUGGCGUGCCCUGUCCGGGGCUCUCCGCCCAUCCACGUGAGCUGGCUCAAGGACGGCCUGCCCCUCCCGCUCUCCCAGCGCACCCUCCUCCACAGCUCUGGCCGCACCCUCAGGAUUUCUCAGGUGCACCUGGAAGAUUCCGGCACCUUCACUUGCGUGGCCGUGAGCCCGGCAGGAGUGGCCGACAGGAACUUCACCCUGCAGGUGCUCGAGCCCCCCUUCCUGGAGCCGGUGGAGUUCCAGAAUGAUGUCGUGGUGGCCCGCGGCUCCUCCGUGGUCCUCCCGUGUGAGGCCCGGGGCAGCCCCCCGCCCCUCGUGUCGUGGGUGAAGGAUGGGCAGCCUUUCCUGCCGCAGAGCCUGGAGCAGGGGCCUGGCCUGCAGCUGUGGACGGUGGGGGAUGGCGACUCAGGGACCUACUCCUGCGUGGCCGUGAGCGAGGCCGGCGAGGCGCGGAGACAUUUCCAGCUGACCGUGAUGGAUCCCCCCUACAUUGAAGACUCCGGCCAGCCUGCAGAGCUGUCGCUAGCCCCGGGAGCCCCCCUGGAACUCCUGUGUGACGCCCAAGGCAUGCCCCCACCCAACGUCACCUGGCACAAGGACGAACGGGCCCUGGAGAACCACAGCUCAGCCGGGCAGGCGCUCCGGGUGGAGGCCGUGCAGGUCAGUGAUGCUGGGCUGUACACCUGCCUGGCUGAGAACCCUGCAGGAAAAGUGGAGAAGAGUUUCCGGGUCAGGGUUCAAGCCCCUCCAAAUGUCAUUGGGCCCCGCGGGCCCCGCUCUGUGAUUGGCCUGGCCCCUGGCCAGCUGGUCCUGGAGUGCUCUGUGGAGGCAGAGCCCAUGCCCAAGAUCGAGUGGCACCGAGAUGGCGUCCUGCUGCAGGCAGACGCCCACACGCAGUUCCCCGAGGAGGGCAGGUUCCUCCAGCUCCAGGCCCUGAGCACAGCAGACGGCGGGGACUACAGCUGCACUGCUCACAACGACGCAGGCAGCACCAGUGUGGCCUUCCUUGUGGAGAUCCACACUGUGCCCACCAUCCAGCCCGGACCAUCUGUGGUGAACACCUCUGUGAACCAGACCGCCCUGCUGCCCUGCCAGGCCCAUGGCACGCCCCCGCCCGCCGUGAGCUGGCGGAAGGAUGGGGCGCCACUGGAUCCUGGGAACUCCAGGUUGGAAGUUCUGCCCGAGGGUUCUCUGAGGAUCCAGCCAGUCCUCACCCAGGAUGCUGGCCACUACCUCUGCCUAGCCUCCAACUCCGCGGGCUCUGACCGGCAAGGCCGUGACCUCCAGGUCUUGGAGCCUCCAGUCAUUGCCCCUGGCCCCUCCAAUGUGACCCUGACUGCCCACAGCCCGGCCUCACUACCCUGUGAGGCCAGCGGCUCCCCCAAGCCUCUGGUGGUCUGGUGGAAGGAUGGACAGAAGCUGGACUUCCGCCUGCAGCAGGGCGCCUACCGGCUCCUGCCCUCCAACGCCCUGCUCCUCGCCGCCCCCGGCCCCCAAGACUCAGCCCAGUUUGAGUGUGUGGUGAGCAACGAGCUGGGCGAGGCCCGAAGGCCCUACCGGGUGACUGUGCAGGUGCCACCCACCAUCGCAGAUGACCGGACGGACUUCACGGCAGCCAGGAUGGCACCUGUGAUCCUCACGUGCCACAGCGCAGGCAUGCCGGCCCCAGUCGUGUCCUGGAGCAAGGCAGGGUCCCAGCUGGGGGCGAGGGGGAGCGGCUACCGCGUCCUGCCUUCAGGUGCCCUGGAGAUCGGGCAGGCCCUCCCCAUCCAUGCCGGCCGCUACACCUGUACUGCCCGCAACUCUGCCGGCAUGGCGCGCAAACACGUGGUCCUUGCUGUGCACGCGUCCCCUGUGGUGAAGCCGCUGCCCAGCGAGGUUCGGGUCGUGGCAGGGGAGGAGGCGUUGCUGCCCUGUGAGGCCUCAGGGGUCCCCCGGCCGAGUGUCACCUGGCAGAAGGAGGGGCUCAGCCUCCCCACAGGUGUGAGGACCCAGGUCCUACCCGGGGGACAGCUGCAGAUUAUCCACGCCCGUCCCGAGGAUGCUGGGAACUACUUCUGCCUCGCCCAGAACGGGGUGGGCAGCGCCAUGGGGAAGACGCGGCUGGUGGUGCAAGUCCCCCCCGUGAUCGAGAACAGCCUCCCGGACCUGUCUGCCCCUGAGGGCUCCCAUGCCCUCCUGCCCUGCGUGGCCAGGGGCAGCCCUGAGCCCGACAUCACCUGGGAGAAGGAUGGCCAGCCCGUGUCUGCAGCCGGGGGCAGGGUCAGCGUCCAGCCUUCUGGGGAGCUGCUGGUGAAGAACUCGGAGGGCCAGGACGCCGGCACUUACACUUGUACAGCAGAGAACGCCGUGGGCCGGGCCCGCCGCCGAGUGCACCUCACCAUCCUGGCGCUGCCUGUCUUCACCACCCUGCCUGGGGACCGCAGCCUGCGCCUCGGGGACAGGCUGUGGCUUCGCUGUGCGGCCCGUGGCAGCCCAACCCCCCGCCUUGGCUGGACCAUCAAUGACCGGCCCGUCACAGAUGGGGUGUCUGAGCAGGACGGGGGCAGCACCCUGCAGCGGGCGGCCGUCACCAAAGAGGACAGCGGGACCUACGUCUGCUGGGCUGAGAACAGAGUGGGCCGCGUGCAGGCGGUCAGCUUCGUCCACGUGAAGGAGGCUCCGGUCCUACAAGGAGAGGCCUUCUCCUACCUGGUGGAGCCUGUAGGGGGCAGCAUCCGGCUGGAUUGUGUGGUCCAUGGAGACCCAGCACCAGACAUCCGCUGGACCAAAGAUGGCCUUCCGCUGCCCCGCAGCCGUGCCCGCCACUGGCUGCAGAACGGCUCGCUGACCAUCCGAAGGACCGAGCCAGACGACGCGGGACAGUACCAGUGCCUGGCUGAAAACGAGAUGGGCACCGUGAAGAAAGUGGUGACCCUUGUGCUUCAGGGUGCCCCAGUGUUCCAGGUGGAGCCCCAGGACGUGACAGUGAGAUCCGGGGAGGACGUGGUGCUGCGGUGCCAGGCCACCGGGGAGCCCAUGCCCACCAUCAAGUGGCUGCAGGCAGGUCGACCUUUGCGGACCGGCCGGCGGCUGCGGACCCUGCCGGAUGGGAGCCUGUGGCUGGAGCGCGCGGAGGCUGCGGACGCCGGAGCCUAUGAGUGUGUCGCCCACAACCUCCUGGGCUCUGCCACAGCCCGGGCGUUCCUGGCAGUGAGAGAGGACCCCCAGGGGAGCCGGGGCAGCAUGGUUGGGGUGAUCAAUGGCCAGGAAUUCGGUGUGGCUGCUCUCAACACCAGUGUACAGCAGGAGGCGCGUUCCGGGGUCACCACCAUCCAGAGCAGCAUCAGCCACGUCCCGGCAAAUGUGGGGCCUCUGAUGCGGGUGCUGGUGGUCACCAUUGCCCCCAUCUACUGGGCCUUGGCUGGAGAGAGCGGCGAGGCCCUGAACGGCCACUCCCUGACCGGUGGCAGCUUCCGGCAAGAAUCUCACGUGGAGUUUGCUACAGGGGAGCUGCUCACAAUGACCCAGGUGGCUCGGGGCCUGGAUCCGAACGGACUCCUGCUCCUCGAUGUGGUGGUCGAUGGCAUUGUGCCCGACAGCUUGGCUGACGCAGAUCUUCAGAUGCAGGACUUCCAGGAGCACUAUGUGCAGACAGGGCCCGGCCAGCUCUUCGUGGGCUCCACACAGCGCUUCCUCCAGGACAGCCUCCCCGCGCUCCUGCGCUGCAACCACACCAUCCACUACGACGCAGCGCGGGGGCCCCAGCCCCAGCUGGUGCAGCACCUGCAGGCCUCCGCUAUCAGCUCAGCCUUUGACCCCGAGGCGGAGGCCCUGCACUUCCAGCUGACCACAGCCCUGCAAACGGAGGAGGAUGAAGUUGGCUGCCCCGAGGGCUUUGAGCUGGACACCCAGGGAGAGUUUUGUGUGGACAGGGACGAGUGCCUGGGCGGCCCCUGCUCCCACUCCUGCCUCAACGCACCUGGCCGCUUCUCCUGCGCCUGCCCGUCAGGCUUCACCCUGGCCUGGGAUGACAGGACCUGCAGAGACGUGGACGAGUGUGCGUGGGAUGCCUACCUCUGCCCAGAGGGUCAGCGCUGCGUGAACCUGCUCGGGUCCUACCACUGCCUCCCCGACUGUGGGCCGGGCUUCCGGGUGGCUGCUGAUGGAGCCAGCUGUGAAGAUGUGGACGAAUGCCUGGAGCAGCUGGACGGAUGUCACCACAGCCAGCUCUGUGAGAACAGCCCAGGCGGGCACCGCUGCAGCUGCCCCCGGGGGUACCGGACGCAGGGCCCCGGCCUUCCCUGCCUAGAUGUCAACGAGUGUCUGCGGCUGCCCAGGCCCUGCCCCUACCAGUGCCACAACCUCCAGGGCAGCUUUCGCUGCCUGUGCCCUCCGGGCCACACCCUCCUCCGCAAUGGCAAGGGCUGCACCCUACUGGAGCAGAGUGCACACAAUGUGACCACCAUCAGCCACCCGGGCCCCUCUGCGCCCUGGCUGCGGCCCCAGGUGUCCGUCCCUGGCCGCCCCUUCCAUACCUGGGCCUCCCUCCACCCGGGGCCGGGAGCCCUGAGCAGCGUGGACCGGGCCUGGUGCCCGCCUGGCUUCAUCAGGCAGAACGGCGUCUGCACGGACCUGGACGAGUGUCGGGUGAGGACCCUGUGUCAGCACGCCUGCCGCAACACCCAGGGCAGUUACCGCUGCCUCUGCCCCGUGGGCUACCGCCUCCUCCCCAGCGGCAAGAACUGUCAGGACAUCAACGAGUGUGAGGAAGGCGGCAUCGAGUGUGGGCCUGGCCAGAUGUGCUUCAACACCCGAGGCAGCUACCAGUGUGUGGACACGCCCUGUCCCGCCACCUACCGGCAGGGCCCCAGCCCCGGGACUUGCUUCCGCCGCUGCUCGCUGGACUGCAGCGCCGGCGGCCCCUCCACGUUGCAGUACCGGCUGCUGCCGCUGCCCCUGGGCGUGCGCGCCCACCACGACGUGGCGCGCCUGGCCGCCUUCUCCGAGGCCGGCGUCCCCGCCAACCGCACGGAGCUCAGCGUGCUGGAGCCCGACCCGCGCAGCCCGUUUGCGCUGCGCGCGUUGCGCUCGGGACACGGCGCCGUCUACACCCGCCGCGCGCUCACCCGCGCGGGCCUCUACCGGCUCACCGUGCGCGCCGCGGCGCCGCGCCACCAGAGCGUGUUCGUCCUGCUCAUCGCUGUGUCGCCCUAUCCCUACUGAAGGGGAGAAGGUCAUCGGCUCCAGCUCGGUGGCUGGUGUGACCCCCAGUGGGGAGGAGCCGGGCCACCCCACCACCCGGGCCAAGCUGCGGGAGGGACAGGGUGGCCCCGGUCCGUGACACCUGCUGUGGCAAGUGGAACGUCCUCUUCUCCCGCCCCGUGCGUCAGCGGAACUUUCGGUAAACACGGCCCUGCGAACAGCCUUGACCCCUGGACAGCGAGCUGCCCUUAGGUAGCACAGCCACAGGCUGGGGCGGGGGAGGGGGCGUGAAGCCUCCCGGAACACCGGGAGGGGCCUGUCCCCAUCCACGCCCCACACUGUCAUCCUGAACCCAGUGUGUGUAAUAUGAAAGCAAGUGUUUCUAACCCA